AUGAACCCCUUUGAAACCCUCUUCCUCGGAAUGGCAAGAAAUGUCUUGCAUCCUACAUUCCUCCGCAUAACCAGCAACGAAACACGCAGGAAUCAUGUCCCGACUCCUAUUCCCUGGUACACGCCACCACCAGUACCAACACCCAAGUACCAUCACUGGAGAGGUGGAUUUUCAGAUACGAUCGAUGAGUUCAUCUUCGUCUUCAUGGUAGUAGCAAGCGCCUUGACUUGGUGCACCUUGCUUCUCAUCUGGUUUCGAGUGUGGAAAUCAGAGAUCAACUUUCAGCAUAUUCGCCCGCUGAGGGACAGAGAGGAUGGAAUGGGAGCUGCACCUGAGGAGAUGCAGCAGUUUGUUCGGGAGCCUGUUGUUUCUUCAUCCUCACGACCCUCUAGGUCGGUGGAAGAAACACAAGGAGAUUUUGUUGUUGGAGAGGAUAGUGAUGAUGAGCCAGACUCGAUCGCAAUCUUAGAAUAUCUACACUCACUCACUGUCAAUCGAGACACCAACGCUAUCACAAUGCGGUCCUACACAGCAGCCUACUACGUACGGCCGCAAAACAUCUCCUCUCUGUUGGCCUCUCUUUUAGCUAUCGUCUCUGUCGUUGCUUUCCUGGCCAUUGUCAUCAUCAUCGUAUUCGUGCAAAGGCGCAUAGAGAACAGCAUCUACGACGACGUCUACGCCGCCAUCCAAGACGCAGCUGCAGCGAAAAAUGAGGGCAAGACCUCCUCCAACCAAGAUUCCGAUGGCGAAGCAGAGAAACAGAACAAGCCCGGAUCGAGCUCCAAUGGUACUUCCAACAAUACCACGGUUUAG